AUGUAUAGGAGAACAAAGGGUAACACGCUAUCGUCAGAGGGGUAUACAUUGAUGAUCCGAUCAUCAUCGGGUUCACGCAUCGAUGACAUCAUUGAAUUCAAGGAUCAAAUGCAGAAGUUGUUCGACAUGAGUGAUCUCGGUCUCUUAAGUUAUUACUUAGGAAUCAAGGUUAAGCAAAAUGAUGAUACGAUCAUAGUGUGCCAAAGCAGUUAUGCACACAAAAAAUUGGAGCUUUCUGGCAUGGCCGACUGCAAUCCAUGCUUAACCCCAAUGGAGAAUAAAUUGAAGCUAAGAAGAAAAGAUGGUAGCUCCAUAGUAGAUGCUACUAAGUAUCACAGCAUAGUCGGGAGUCUAGGAUACCUGGUGAAUACCAGAUCAGAUAUCGCCUGUGAUGUAGGUAUUAUUAGUCGGUACAUGGAGGCACCUAUAAUACAGCACAUGGAGGCCGUUAAACACAUUCUGAGAUACGUGAGCGGCACGGUUGACUUUGGAUGUUAUUACAAGAAGUACGUCAAGCCGGAGCCCGAGUUGGUCGUGUUCAGCUGA